AUGUCUCCCUCCGCGAACGAGACCGUCCUGACCCUCCGCAAGGUCCUCACCUCCGAAUCCGAGCCCCUCGCUCGCCGCUUCCGCGCACUAUUUUCCCUCAAGCACCUCGCAUGCCUGCAGCCCCCGACCGAGCAGAGCCUCCCGGCCAUUGAGGCGAUCGCUGCUGGUUUCGCAUCGCGCUCGGCGUUGCUCAAGCACGAGCUUGCGUACUGCCUCGGCCAGACCCGCAACCACGACUCUGUCUCGUACCUGCAGCAGGUCGUGAAGGAUGUUGAGGAGGAUGCGAUGUGCCGUCAUGAGGCCGCGGAGGCUCUUGGUGCCCUGGGCUAUGACGACAGCUUGGAUAUUUUAAAGAAACUGCGGGAUGAUGAGAACGAAUUGGAGAUUGUUCGGGAGACUUGCGAUAUUGCGGUCGAUCGUAUCAUGUGGGAGAACUCCGAGGAGAGAAAGGCUGAAAAGUUGAAGCCCAGUGACUUCACCUCUAUUGAUCCCGCGCCCCCUAUGCCGCUGCAAGCCAGCGAGCCCUCCAUCCCGGACCUGGAGAAGACAUUACUCGACACCAAGCUCCCUCUCUUCCAAAGAUACCGCGCCAUGUUCGGCCUCCGAGACCUCGCCUCGCCGCCCGACCUCCCCACGGCAGUCGACGCCGUAAACGCCCUGGCCAAGGGCCUCAAGGACCCCUCUGCUCUGUUCCGCCACGAAGUCGCCUUCGUCUUCGGACAGCUCUGCCACCCUGCCUCGAUCCCGUGCCUUACAGAAUGCCUCGGCGACCUGAAGGAGCAGGGUAUGGUGCGACACGAGGCUGCCGAGGCCCUUGGAAGUCUGGGUGACGAGGAGGGUGUUGAGGAGACCCUGAAGAGCUUCCUGAACGACCCUGAGCAAGUGGUCCGGGAUAGUGUGAUUGUGGCUCUUGACAUGGCGGAGUUUGAGAAGAGUGGUCAGGUUGAGUAUGCGCUGGUGCCGGAUGGCAAUGCCACUGCAGUUCCUGCAGCAUGA